AAAUAGGCGACAGUAGUCCGUUGAGAACAUGUUAACACUGCUGGCCUGGCAGAUGGAGGAAAUGAAGUUUUUGGUUCUUCUUGCUCUCUUUGGAGGUGCAGCUGCAGCUUCCCUCAAGGUAGAUGACAGGAUUGUUGGAGGGUAUGAAUGUGCUAAAAACUCAGUGCCCUACCAAGUGUCUCUCUUCACUGGGUACAACUCCUGUGGGGGGGUUCUCCUUUCACCAGAGUGGGUGCUCUCUGCUGCACACUGCAGAACAAAAUCGGAUGUCGAAGUGCGGCUGGGGGAGCAUGACAUCUGGGAGCCUGAGGGCACUGAGCAGCACAUCAUGUCGGCCCAGUUCAUUCCCCACCCUGACUACAACCCCCGCACACAGGACAGUGAUAUCAUGCUGAUCAGGCUGAGUCGUCCCGCCUCUCUGAACAACUAUGUGCGCACUGUUACGCUUCCUUCAAGAUGUGCCGCUGAUGGGACCAUGUGUCAUGUCUCUGGUUGGGGGAAUAUUCGACCCAGUGAUGAAGGCUCAAGGUACCCUCAUAAACUGCAGUGCCUGGAUGUCCCCCUGCUGAGUGAUGACGUCUGCUUUAACGCAUAUCCUUUCCAAAUCACUGACAACAUGAUCUGUGCUGGUUAUCUGGAGGGGGGAAAAGACUCCUGUCAGGGUGACUCCGGGGGUCCUAUGACAUGUGACGGCGUGCUCCAAGGAGUCGUGUCCUGGGGGAAAGGCUGCGCUCAGAGAAACAAACCCGGGGUGUACACAAAAGUGUGCAAUUAUGUCAGAUGGAUCCAAACAACAAUGUUGUGUGGCUAGGUUAAAUGCAAUAUGCAAUAUGAACAAUAUGCCCCCUGUCAUGUGGCAACGUGGGUGCAAAAAGACACCAAAAAUAUAUCAUGUGAGAACAUCUGCUCUUCUUGUCACUUUUUCCCACACUCCCACGGACCGUGUGAACUUCUUUAUUUAUUAAGUCAACCAAACUUCUCAUUACCAUUGACUGACAGCAGUUUCAUUUUUUUUCCGCAAGGUUUCAUUAGAAUGCCAGUGCCAUAAUUCAUAACUGUGGAAAGCAUGACCGUGACUAUAGCAUAUCUAAAAAGCCUUGCAGACUUUAUAACAGCACCACAAAGUGUUUCUUUUGAUGAAAUGUCUGAAAAUUGGUCAUGUUAAAAAAAAUCCCCAAAGAUGUCAUUAACAGUCAGACAAUAAAUCACGACAGCAAAAACUAAACAUCUAUGCUGCCGUCUGUGGUUGGAACUGCAGAGAAUGUUGCACGCUCAUGGCCGCUCGCCAUAAUCACUGAAUAUGGGGAAGAGAUCCGAAUCUAGUGUUUAGCUGGCUA